UUGUUUAUUUUCGUACAAGACUAAGUCAAAAUAAGCUACUAGCCACAGCCUUUUAUCUAUGAGAUUUAUAAUUUCAAUACUAUCAAAUCUAACAACUUCAAAAUUAACUUUUCUAAAGGCUACAUUAAAACAUUUUAAAAAUCAUGUCUCCACCAACUGAAUCCCUAACCAGAACAUCAAGAACAAGAUUAGCUAAAAGAAAAUUAGAUGAGAAAACAGUGACAGCUUCAGAGACUGAAGCUUCAAGUAGUCUACUCAAGCAGAAAAAAUGCAAAACAGAAAAAGAAACUUGUCACGGAGAGAGUAGUGCAGCAAAAUUAGAUAAAAAAUCUAGCAAACUGAUUGCUUCCGAAGAUUCCAAGACUAAAAGUAAAACAAGACAGGGCACCAAAAAACUAUCUUCAUGUGAAAGUGACAAAAAGCCAGAAAUUAUUGAUGAAAAUGUGAACAGGACGACAAAACCUGAAACAUCUGCCGAUUCAGCAGUAAUUUCAUCAGCUUAUUGGAGUAGCAAAAAGUCUAAGGCUAAAACAACAGUAGCCACAACUAAGUGUGAAAAAUCAUUUACAGCAAUCAAAACCAAUACUAAACAAUCCAACCAAUCAAUUUCCAGUUCAACAAUUAAUGCAAUUGGAAAAUCACAGACCAAAGCUAAGUCAAAGCAAAGUUUCAGAUCAAAGCAUUCUCCUAGUGAGAUAGAAAAUCUCUCACAAAGCCACCAUGGAUUAUACCAAGGAAGUGAACCUUCAAAACCCAUGCAAUCUACAGCAGAAUGGUGGGCUCAGAUCAAUUUUGAAGAGGACAGACUAAAAGCACAGAUGCCUAAAUCUUUUUGUUGGCCUAAGCUGCUGGAUAAAAGUAAAAAUGUCUUUCAUUUGCUUCUACAAAAUACAAUGAGAUGUUCGCCAUUUGAGAAGAAACAAAGUUUUGCCAGGAAUCAGGUCAUCUCAGAGUUGCAGGAGUAUGACAUUGUUUAUGGAGAUCAUCCCUUCAGUAAUAGAAUAACCACCAUAGACUGGCACCCAAGAAUAGACAACCUAUUUUGUGUUGGAGCCAAGCAUGGGGAUAUAGGAUUUUACAGAUUAGCACCUGAGUCCAUUUCACAGACAAAACAGAUAAAAGUUUUUAAUGGAAUAGGUCCAGGUGGCUACAUUUCUGCUUUCAAGUUCCAUGCGACAGAUGACAACAAAUUUUACACUUCAUCUCUUGAUGGUAAAGUCUGUCUUCGGGAUUUGGAAAAGGACUAUGCUGAGGAGCAAGUUUUUUUAAACACAUGUUCUUGGGAACAUUGGUAUUGUUCACUCGAUGUCCACAAGUCAGAUAAUUAUCUUGUUGCUGGCGCCAACAAUGGGUUGACACAUCUCCUUUCAAAAUCUGGUGAACCUAUCUGGCAGAAACGUUUACACAACCAGAAAGUCAGCCAUCUUGAAUUUUCUCCUCGUGAGCCAUAUUUGUUGUGCUCAGCUUCUUUGGACCACACUGUCAGAAUGUGGGACCUUAGGAUGAUGAUUGACAAGAAACCACUAGAUAGUUUGAAACAUGACAAGGGGAUCAACUCAGCAUACUUCAGCCUAACAGAUGGCACCAGACUACUGACCACUGACCAGGGAGAUGAGUUGAGGGUAUACAGGGCACCAUUCUGGCACCUGGAGACAACAAUUAAACACCCACACAGGUUCUUCCAGCACCUCACACCAAUUAAGGCAUGUUGGCAUCCUCUUGCUGAUGUUAUUGUUUGUGGGCGUUUCCCAGACAACCGUCAGCACCCUCAGUAUGGCGACAGGAGGGCCAUAGAUGUUUUUGAUGCAACAUCAACCUCAGUGCAAGCAAACAUCAUGAGUUCUCAACAAAAUGGAAUAAUAUCACUUUGUAAAUUUAACAACACUGGUGACAAACUACUAAGCGCGAUGGGGUACAACCUUCACAUUUGGCAAGCCUUACCAUCUAAGCCAGACAGCCCAACAUCAAAUAUUCAUGGUGAUUUAUUGAAGACCUCUGAGAGUCGCCCUCUCCCACAAUCCAAACGUAAGAAAAAGCAGGACAAAACAAUUGAUGUGAAAUUAAAAUUGGCAUAUAAAGAGGAAAAGAAGACUACCAAAAGUAAAACCUUAAAAGAUGGAAUAAAGGGAAGUAAAAAGGGAAAGAAAUAAUAAUGUAUAGGCCAAUAUUGUGUUCUUUAUGUUCUAAAUAGUUCUAUGGGCAUUUAAAUAAUGUAAAAAGUGUUCAAUUUUUGUUGAAUGUAACAAUAAAGUUCUUUAUUUUGUAAUUUUGUUUAUGGCAUUUAUGAUCUAGUAUAAUAUUCCAAAUAAACUGAAUAUUUUUAUAGGAAUUAUAAAAUACAAACUUUUUAUCUAGUUUGCAACGUCUGUUGGUAUGUUUGUUAUGGUUUAACUGAACAAAACAAGAGCUUUGUGAUG